AAAAAAAAAGACGAAGUUAUAACUUAAUAAGAGUUUGAAGGAGAAAGGUCCAAGCCCAUUCAGUGUUAGCCGCUCAUUGACCCUGGAUGAAUAAUCGGCUACCACUACUACCAGUGGUGUAGUGCUCUGAAACUGCAACAGCAACAGCAACGCGAUGGGGAGAGGAAAAAGAGGGAAGAGUCGCACUCAAAGAAAGCAUUUCCAGCAGAACAGAGAGAAUGUUUGGACAUCUUCCAAACGCUCUAAAUCAGAUCCUUCCUCCGAAAAUCCUAUUCCUAUCUGCAAUCCCUACGCCACUCAAAACCUCGCUUUCGAUCACUAUUACAAGGAGCAGGGAAUCGUUUCCUCAGAAGAAUGGGAUGCAUUCGUGCAAGUUCUCAGAACUCCUUUGCCCGCAGCAUUCAGAAUCAAUUCCACUAGCCGAUUUUCUGCAGAUAUUCGGUCCCAACUGGAGAAUGAUUUUGUGCAUUCUCUUCAGGCCGAGGUUGCGGAAGGGGAAGAUACGGAGGCUAUUAUACCUUUGCCAUGGUAUCCCGAGAAUCUUGCUUGGCAUUCGAAUUUCUCCCGUAAGCAGCUCAGGAAGAAUCAAACACUUGGGAGGUUUCAUGAAUUCUUAAAGCUGGAAAAUGAAAUUGGAAAUAUUACAAGACAGGAAGUUGUCAGCAUGGCACCUCCUCUGUUCUUGGAUGUACAUUCAAAUCAUUUUGUACUUGAUAUGUGUGCAGCACCAGGUUCAAAAACAUUCCAAUUGCUCGAGAUUUUACACAAAUUAACUAAAGCUGGAUCUCUUCCUGAUGGAAUGGUUAUAGCAAAUGAUCUAGAUAUCCAAAGAUGCAAUCUUCUCAUUCACCAAACAAAACGGAUGUGCACAGCCAACCUAAUCGUCACCAAUCACGAAGCUCAACACUUCCCAGGAUGUCUUUUAAACAGGAACUAUGAUAAAAUGGAGCCAGAUCAGCAAGAUCAGCUAUUAUUUGAUCGUGUUCUGUGUGAUGUCCCAUGCAGCGGAGAUGGCACCCUUCGAAAGGCACCUGAUCUCUGGAGGAAAUGGAACGCAGGGACAGGGAAUGGGCUUCAUAACCUACAAGUUCUAAUUGCUAUGCGAGGUGUAUCUUUACUUAAAGUUGGUGGAAAAAUGAUCUAUUCAACCUGCUCAAUGAAUCCUAUUGAGAAUGAAGCUGUUGUUGCAGAGGUUUUGCGGAGGGGUGGAGGGUCCAUUGAACUUGUAGAUGUCUCUAGUGAGCUUCCCCAACUUAUUCGCCGACCAGGUCUUAAGAGAUGGAAGGUAUGUGACAAGGGCAAGUGGUUUUUCUGUUGCAAAGAUGUUCCCAAGCUUCGUAGAAAUGUAGUUUUUCCCAGCAUGUUUCCAAAUGGUGGAAACUAUAAGGAUGAUAGUGAUUGUAAUAUCAGCAUUGGAGAUGAUAUUAUUAUAGAUGAUGUUUAUGGAAAUUCUGAAGAUGAUGUUCAAGCAGUGGAGAAUCCUGUGAUGCAUGAAUUUACUGAGGAAGUUUCUGAUUUCCCACUAGAGCGGUGCAUGAGGUUGGUGCCUCAUGAUCAGAAUACCGGAGCCUUCUUUAUUGCUGUAUUGCAGAAAGUUUCUCCUCUGCCAGUUGCAGCAACUCAGGUAAAACCUAGAAAAGAAGUUGAUAAACAUGAUGACACAGCAAACCAGGGCAAUGAGGAUGCACAAGAAUUGCAGGUUAAUCCAUUGGAAAGUACACCUGAAGAAAUUUCAGAGGCUAAUAUAAAUGACAAUAGACCCAAGACAGAUUUGAAAGUUAGUUCUGUUACAUGUGAAGAAGUGAAUUUGAAGGAAGCCCAAGAUCCCUGCAAUGUGGAAAACAUGACAAAGAAUACUCCAGGCAAAAGAAAACUACAGAUUCAAGGCAAAUGGAGAGGCAUUGACCCUGUAGUCUUCUUCAAAGAUGAAGUAGUUAUUAACAGCAUAAAGGUAUUUUAUGGUAUUGAUGAGCAGUUUCCAUUCAAUGGUCACCUUGUAACAAGAAACAGUGAUACAAGUCACGUGAAAAGAAUUUACUAUAUCUCCAAGUCAGUCAAAGAUGCUCUGGAGUUGAACUUCUCAGUUGGGCAGCAACUUAAAAUAACUUCUGUUGGCCUGAAGAUUUUUGAAAGACAGACAUCAUGUGAAGGUAGGUCUGCACCAUGUGCUUUCCGGAUCACUUCUGAAGGAUUGCCCCUUAUUCUCCCUCACAUCUCCAAACAGAUUCUUAGUGCAUCUGCUAUAGACUUCAAGCAUCUUCUGCAGUAUAGAACUGUAAAAUUUGCAGAUUUUGUGGAUGCCGAAUUUGGUGAAAAGGCUGCAAACCUAAUGCCUGGUUGUUGUGUUGUAGUUCUGGGUGAAGGAAGCAGAGCUGCUACAGGGCCCCUCCAAGUGGAUGAUUCAACAAUAGCCAUUGGAUGCUGGAAGGGUAGAGCAAGUUUGACUAUCAUGGUUGGUGCAUUGGAAUGCCAAGAGCUGCUCGAAAGGCUUUUAAUGUGUCUAGACACAGUAACAGAAAAGGACUCCUCCAUGCAUGAUAACAAGUACCAGGAACAAUUAUCUGCUUGCCAGACAGAGAUGCUGCGUUGCCAUUUCCCUGAUUAUCACCAGCAGCUAGGUUCUUCUUGUUGACAAUGUUGAAUAUUUCUGUCAAAACAGUCAUGAAAGCCGUUUCAACAUUAGUUGCUUCCAGUGCUGAGGUCUCUAGGAAAAAUAAGCCUUCUUUCUCGGCAAAUUCUUUUGCAUCCUCUGUGGGUACUUGGCGCUGGUUCUCAAGAUCACUUUUGUUUCCUAUAAGAAUGAUGACUAUAUUCUUAUCGGCAUGGUUACGCAAUUCUUCUAACCAACGAGGUAUGUGAUCAAAGCUUUGGCGUUUGGUUAUGUCAUAAACCAACAUUGCCCCAACAGCACCCCUGUAGUAUGCACUUGUAACUGCUCUGUAUCUGUAGAAUAAACCAAUUAUAUAUUAUUAGGGCAGACUGCAAUCAGUAUUCAGUGUAAAGAAUGAAGUAUAGACUCAAUCUAAAGAUAAACACACAUUAACAGUACAGCACAGUAAUAAAGGAAUUAGAUUUGUCAAUAGCUA